AUGACAAAGAAAAUCAAAUUAUCAAAUUCAGAAUCAAAUAAAGUUAAUAAUAAUAAUAAUAAUAAUCAUGGAAAUGGUCAUAACCAUAAUCAUAGUCAUAACCAUGGUGAAAUGUGUCAUGGUCAUGGUAUAAUUGGAAUAGUGGAUAGCGUUACAGGUGAAAAUAUUAUUCAAGUGAAUGGUGAAAAUUUACGAAGUGUACCAAAUGGUCAUUCAUUAAUACAUAAUAUUAAUAGUAUUAUCAAUAGUCAUAGUAAACAUGGUAAAAUUAAAAAUAUUUUAAAAGAUUCAACUAUUAUAUCAAGUUCUAUAAAUUUAAGUGAUAAACCAAUAAAUAAAAUCACUGAAGAAAAUUCACCACCUUCAUCACCAACAUUAUCAUCAUCAACUAAUACAACAACUGAUAGACAAGAACUACCACAACAACAACAACAACCACAACAACAACAAUCUCAACCAUCUACACCACCACCACAACAACAAACAAAUCAAAAACAACAACCAGAAUUUAAUCGUUAUCAAGCAAAUGAUAUAUUAUUUAGAAAUAAAUUAACAAGAUCAUUAUCAAGAAAUAUACCACCAUUAUCAUUAUUGAAACAAAAUUUUAAGGACGAAAUGGAGAAUAGUUUUCAUACUGCUAUAUCAAAUAUUAAAGAUUUAAAUGAAAAAGUAGAGAUGGUUAAUUUAAUAUUUCAACAUAAUUUAUCAGAGAAUAAUGCAAUGGUCAAUGUUGAUUCAAUCAUUCAUUCAUCCACUAGUGGUUUAUUAUCAGAGUAUAAACAAAUCACUGAAACAUUUGAUUGGGAACAAACUUCAAAAGGUUAUAAAAACAAAGGUAAUGAAUUAUUUCAAAAGAAACAAUAUAGUGAUGCUUUAUUACUUUAUAAUGAAUCAUUAAGAAUUUAUGAUAUGGAAUUAGCGGCAGCAGCAACAUCAACAAAUUUAAAUGAAAAAGAAAAUGGUGGUGGCGGUAAUGUUGGUGGUUCAGCAACAGCAACAGCAACAACAAUCAAUACUCCAGAUGUAUCAAUAUUAAGUAGUAUUCAUAGUAAUCGUUGUUUAUGUUUAGUUAAUUUAGAACGUUAUAAAGAGGGUGCAAUUGAAGCAACUAGAGGUAUUGAUUUAGUUGGUUCAUCAUCAGUAUUACAUAAAUUAUAUUAUCGUCGUGGUAUUUGUUAUUAUCAUCUUAGAAAACAUUAUAAAGCAAAAAAGGAUUUCCUUAGAGCUCACACUUUAAUUGAAAAACGAGAUAGUUCUGACCUUGCUUCAAUUGAAAAUUAUCUCUUUAAAAUUCAAAAACUAUCAUUGCCACUUCAAAAAGAUGAAGAAAUAGAACAAGAAUUAGAUAAUAAAAACAAUAAUAGCAAUGAUGAUGAAAAACAACAACAACAACAACAACAGCAAGAUAUAGAUGUAACCAUUUCGAGUAUCUUAGAAAAAAGUGAAUCAUUAAUAGACUCAAGAGUUGAGUUUCUUUACCAAUCAGAUUUAGUUGGUAGAAUUUCAGAAGCAUCAGAUUUCAUUCCAUCAAAUACAGUAUUAUAUCAAGAAGAACCAUAUGUAUCUUGUUUAGAUAGAAAUUAUCAUUCUCAAUAUUGUUAUAAUUGUUUUAAAGAAAUUUUAUCACCAAUUUAUUGUAAAGAAUGUAGUAAUUCACAAUAUUGUAGUAAUAAAUGUUUAAAUGAAGAUUAUGUUAAACAACAUGGUAGGGAAUGUGGUAAAGGAUUUUUAAUAAUAUGUUCACAUGAAUCAUUAUUAGUAAUUCGUUUAUUAGCUAGAAAAGGUAGAGAUUAUAGAGAGGCAAAUAAGGGUAAAAAGGAAGAAGAACCACAACAACAACAACAAAAACAACAAAAAUCAAGAAAAUUACCAAAUUUAACUUUUAUUCCAAAACCAAAUCCAACUCAAAUUGAUCAAAAUUUAAAUAAACCAAAAAUAGUAUUACCAGAACCAACAACUGCUGCAAUAAAUACAGCACUCUCAUCAGCAUCAACACCAACAACAGCAACAGCAACUACUACCACUACUACUACAACAGCAACUACUCCUACAACUUUAGCAGAAACUUUAUCAUCAACAUCAUUAACAGAAAAUAAAUCAGACUCAACUCCACCACCAACACCACUACCACCAUCAUCUUCUUCUUCAUCCUCAUCUUCAUCUUCAACAACAACAACAACAUUUAGUUUUAAUAUGUCAGAGUUACAAAAUUUACAAAUUUCACAAGAUGAUGAAUUAUUCGAUGUACCAACUGAUCCAGCACUCUUUGGUAAAUCAAAUACAUAUUCACAAUCAUAUGAAUUGAUUAAUAGUUUUAAUCCACACUUUGAACAUCAUUCAAAUGAUAGUAUGGCAAAUAUGAUUUUCGAUGCAUUUGUAAUUGAACGUUUCUUAUUAUACUAUCAAAAGGAUUUAGGUAUUCUAAGUGAAGAUAUUGAUGUUCAUGUUAUCCUAAGACAUUUAUGUCAAUUAACAACCUAUACAUUUGCAAUUCCAGGUUAUAUUGAUAAUCAUGAUAGUUUAGUUUUAAAAACUUUACAAUUACAACAACAACAGCAACAACAACAGCAACAACAACAAAAUCAACAAUCAAAUCAACAACCAAAUCAACAAUCAAAUCAACAAUCAAACCAACAAUCGAAUCAACAAUCACAACCAAAUCAAUCACCAAUUAUUCAAUCACAAAAUCCACCACAUGCUUCACCAUUCUCACCAUUAAGAUAUAGUGUUCAAAAAUAUUCACAAGAUAAGAUUGGUUAUGCAGUAUAUCCAAUGGCAAGUUUAAUGAAUCAUUCUUGUGAUAAUAAUACUCAUUUACAAUAUGAUGGUUGUUCUUUAACAAUUAAAUCAUUAUUUAACAUUGAAAAGGGAGAGGAGAUUUUAGGAUGUUAUGGUCCUCAUGCUUUUUUAAAUCCAUUAAAAGAUAGAUUAAUUAAUCUUUAUAAUGAAUUCUUCUUUGUUUGUAGGUGUAAAGCUUGUAGUGAAAAGAGUGGUCCUGAUCCAAUAAAAUGUCCUGGUAGUUAUCAUGAUCAUUUAAAUUCACCAGAGAGCUCACCCGUAGAAUGCUCUGGUACUUUAUUGGAAUCGAUUAAUAUGAAUCAACUCGUUACAAUGGCAAAAUUACAACAACAACAACAACAGCAACAACAACACCAACAACAAAAUGAUAAAAAGAAAUUCAAUAGUAAUCCAACCAAUCUUGGUAGUAACAAUAAUAAUAACUAUUUAAAUAAUAAUUUCAACAAUCCAUUACGUAAUGGUAAUCCAUUCCUAUUGAAACAAACUUACGAUCGUUAUGAUGAUCAUGAACAUAGAUACUUUUGUUGUAGUAAAUGUGGUAUCGAAUUAAAUGGUUUCGAUUCCUUUUCAUUGACUUCCCAAAUCAUCAUCUCUGACAAUCUCUUUGAAAUGGGUUUCAAAGCAAUGACUCUAUAUGGUAAUCUAUCAAAAGAUAUUGAAACUAUGCUUUUAAGAGCAUUGGAAUUACGUAAAUCAAUAUUCAAACCAUGUUCAAAGAAAAUCGGUGAUAUCUAUGACUCCUUAUCACGUUUCUCAAUAAGUAGAGAAGAUGGUGCAUCAGCAGCAAAGUAUUUGGAAUUAUUAAUCGAAAAUGUUAUCUCAAGAUUAGGUCAUUCAAAUUCCGCUGAUUUAGGUCGUGAAUAUUCAAAACUUGGUCAAAUCUAUCUCACCUUAGGUGAAAUUGAAAAAUCUGAAGAUGCAAUAGAAAAAGCUGAAUCAAUUUUAAUGUCUUGGAAAUCAAAUGAUCCAACUGAUGAAGAAGUUUUAUUUUUAUUAACAAAUCGUAGAAAAUUAUUUACUGCUGCUCAUUUAAUAAAUAAAUAA